UACAUUUUCCGGUCACAUUUAACAGAGGGACAACAAAAUGUACAGCGUGCAUACUCAAACGAACCUCAUAAAACGUUCUCUUUGGCCAACUUCAAAGAUAAUCUGCUUACUCUGAGUCGAGCGACAAAAACUCGAAAUGAGUACGCUCGUGACAGUGCUUCGCCUCCCGAGAGGACCUGAUCCGAAUGGCCGCGGAUUCGACCCGAACUCACCCCGUUUCGUCGCGCUGUGUCCAACUACUAUUUCAGCUUCGACUGAAACAGGGACUGACUCUGUCGAAAUUGGAGAAGAGCAGCGUGCACGGUCGGCUUUGAGAGAAAGCUUCCUGAGAACGCUCAUAGCCAUGACCAAUAAGCAGGUGCAAUUCCACAUGUACGAGAGAGUCAAGGUUGAGGCGAAGUUUGGAGCGUCGGACAUUGACGUGCUCAACUUCCAAGUUUCCGAACUACAGACUCCCAUUGGGGUGCAGAAAGAAGCUCUGCUCAGGUGCCAGGAUGUCAUUUCAUACUCGUUUGAUCUCUGAACAGUGCUUUUCACCAAUUUGUGCUGUUCACUUAUUUGUGCUGGUUUUGAGUAGAUAUCCAACAAACUGAAUCUGAUUUGAACUGUUAUUUCUAAUUUGGUUUUGGGGAGUCAAUGAUAACAGUUCCAUUGCUACACAGUGUUCUGUCUGGGUGAAUAUGUAGUAAGAUGUUACCAUGUAUUAUUCUGUUACUUUGAGUAAGAGGUAGACUUGUCACUGCCAUAUGUUAUGUUUAUGUGGCCAGCCAGGUAUUGAGAACACUGAUAUACCAUAUGUCUAUGAUUUUUGUUUCGUAGUUUCCAAUUCAAUGUACCUCCACUGGAGGGAGAUGUCAGCACUGUCUUUACAACCGGUAUGUCAGGGGGGCACCCAUACCACCAGGUUCUCUGACUCAGCUGUCCAGUCCAUUUCAUUAGGAAGAGAUGGAAACAAACAUGUCUUCAGGUGGAAAUUGGAUAUAAUUGUCUGGAAACUUGAAUCUUGCCAUUAUUUUGUGAUUACAGGACAAUGUGGUUCUUGUCUUCCUUUUCAUAAGAUCUGUUGCUGAGAUAUGUUUACCAAUGGGCAUAUGCAUUUUUUUUUUUUACUUUGAAUAAACAUUCUGUCACUUGCA